GUAGGGAGCGAAGAAUGUUCAGAGGCGACACAAUGCAAGACAGGGAAACACAGACAAUGGACGAAACAGAAGAGGAAGACCAAACGUCUGUCAAAGAAUUUAUUCGUCAUACAGUGAAACGACAAACAAAAAUUAUUGAGGCUAGGAAAAGGGACAAAACACAGCUUUUGGAGAGGAUACAAAGUCAGGAAGAAGAAUUACGAACAGCUAGAGAAAAAGAAACGAAGCUGAAAGAGAAAAUAGAGAAACUGGAGAAGGAAUGCAACCAACUUAAGAUAAGUUUAGAUGAUGCUCUAGCAGAUAAGGAAAAGGAAUUAAAAGGAAGAAGACAAGAGUUGAAAGAAUUGCAGGAAAACAUUGAAGACAAUGAAAGAGCUUUAAGGGAAUCCAAAGACGAAUUAGGAUUAAAAGAAAGGGCUUUAGAGGAAUCCGAAGAAGAGUUACGAUCGGAAGAAAGAGUUAAAAGGUUGAAUGAUGAGAACCAGAGUUUAACUAUGGAACUUUCCGAAAAGGAAGAGGAAAUACAAAGAACAGAAAAAGAACUCGAGGCUAGUACAAUGGAGACGGUACAGCAUAUGGAGCGGAUUAGAGGUCAGGAAGAAGAACUAGUAAGAGCUAGAGAAAGUGAAACGAAGCUGAAAGAGGAAAUAGAGGAACUGAAUAAGGAAUGUACUAAACUGAAGGAAAAAGGCUAUAAGUUUUAUGACACUAUAGCCGCAAAGUCAAACAAAUUGAGAGGAACACGAGAGCAGUUAAAAGAUUUGCAAGACCAAAUAGAAAACCAGGAAAAAGCUUUAAACGAAUCUGAAGAAGAAUUAAGCUGCAAGGAAAAUGCCCUAAAGGAAUCCAAAGAAAUGUUAAGAUUAAAAGAAAUGGACUUAAAUAAUUCACAAGAACACAUAAGUUGCCUGAAAGAAGACCUGGAAACAGAAUUACGUCUACACGUGCAAAAACUUCAUAAGUCAAACGAAAAAGUUAAAACGUUGGAUGAUGAGAACAAAAGGUUGACUGAGAGACUUUCGGAAAAGGAAGAGGAAAUAAAAAGGUUGAGUAUAAUACUUUCGGAAAAGGAAGAGGAACAACAAAGAAAAAAACCAAUGGACAAAAGCUGUUUUCUCUAUUCCUGGCUGUUUUCGGACUGCCAUGUCUCACUUGAGACGCCUGCAGGAACAUACAUAAGUAUCUACCCACCGGGCACAAAGGGAUUUCAUCCAAAUCAACUUAACAUGGUACAAUCUAUAGAGGAAGAUUGUAAACGCCUAGGGCAUCCAGCUCAGAUUAUUCCUUUGUUCGGUCUUAAUGUUGACGAUAUAGAUGAUUGGUACAAAUCAAUUGAUGUAGACCAUGAACGAUGGACAGCGGAUAACAGUAUGCUCGAAACCGCACUCAUCAAAGGAUCGGACGAUUUAAGGAAGUACUUAGAAGAAUACAAACAAACGAAUCCAAACAGUGCAGAUUACAUAUAUUCAGCUGCCUGGUAUUAUUCACUGGGAAAAUAA